CGGAAGAGGAAAAUCUGCAGAAAGGCGGACAACUCCAGCAGCCGCUUGCUUUAGCAGUUCAUUUCAAACACAUAUCUACUAGUCGUUUUCCAGGCUAUCUAUCGUGACAAUGGGUAAGAAAAGAAAAGCCAGCAAGCUCUCGUCCGCAAAGCAGAGUGCUCCACCAGACCAAACCUCCAGGUUUGCAGCGGAUGCUACGUUCACCGACUCGGAGGAUGAGUUUGAACAGGGUCGGGAUCGCAUUCUCUUAGAAGAAGCCCCCGAGGCGAAACGGAGGCGUAAAUUAGCAGAGCAAGAGGAGAUUUUCCAACCCUCCGACGAAGAAGUACUUGGGUAUCUAUCUGAAUCUAUAAACGGCGAAGAUUUUGACGAUGACGUUGAUUAUGAUGAGGAGGAGGAGGAUGCCCGGCAAUCCACACUCAAGAAACCGACGCUACGUCUCCGCAAUGCUACCAGUCCGAUGGGUGAUGAUGAGGAGGGAGAGGGAAGGGGGGAGGAAGAGGAUGAGGGCAUGAAAGGAUGGGGUUCGUCAAGGAAGGACUAUUACGAUGCAGACGUUAUCGAAACAGAGGCAGAUGCAUUCGAAGAGGAAGCUGAAGCCAAAAAGAUCCAACAGCAACGCCUACAGGCUAUGAACGAGGCAGAUUUUGGAUUCGACGAAAGCGAAUGGGUUACAUCGGGCAAAGACGGCCAGCGUGGCCAAAAGGAAGGGAACAAUGUCGUUACAGAAGUUUUGCGUGAACUUCAGGUGACAGAUGAUAUAAGUGUCGACGAACGGCGCAAGAUCUUGAAACAACGAUACCCUGAAUUCGAGCCGCUGUCGAAAGACUUUCUCUCACUUCAAUGCGUGCAUGAGGAACUUGCUGCUGCCAUGCAGAAUGCAGAUAAUCUUGCGAAUGGUGCAGGUUAUUCAUCUGGAACUGAUAAUGACUAUGUUCCGUUACCAGUGGUUAAAUUUCGUGCACUCUCCGCCUAUCUCGGUGCAAUCAGCAUGUACUUCUUUCUCUUAACAUCUCCUUCAAGAAAUGGGGAAGCACGCCUCGCAAUGUCGCCUGUAGAGCUAAGAGAACAUCCAAUCAUGGAGACUCUGAUCAACUGCAAGAAGCAAUGGGAGGAGGCAAAGGGUGUGCAAGAAAUCAAGGAUUCUGAAAUAGAGCCAUAUCACAGCACUGAUGACGACAAAAUAUCGAAACCAGCAAACAAAGUCACAGAAAUAAGUAAAACGCCCGUCGAACCUAAACGGGUGACCAAAACGAAGAAAACGAAAGCCCAAAAAGCUGCAGAAGACGCCAAGGCCCUCUCAGAAAAGAAGCGCAAUGAGAAACUACUCCAGACUGAGGCUGAGCUUGCAGACCUUUCUAAUUUACUUAAUUCCCGAACAACCCAAAGAACAACUAAGCAAGCUAAAAAACCCACACCAAAGGACGCCGACUCAGACUUCGGCGACGAGACACCUCUCGACGCCCUCGAAGCAGAAGAAAAAGCCAAGAAGAAAAAGAGUCUCCGUUUCUAUACCUCCCAAAUCGCCCAGAAAGCCAACAAGCGUGACGCUGCUGGCCGUGAUGCGGGCGGCGAUACAGACCUGCCAUACCGCGAGAGACUAAAGGAUCGCCAAGCCCGUCUAGACGCCCAGGCUGAGAAAAGAGGCCAGCGGACUGCGGACGAUCUCCACGCGCUUGGCGGAGAUAGCGACGAGGAUGAUCAUCGGCUCGCGAGGGAGGUGCGAGGCGACAAGAGCGGUAAUGGUGGCGCAGGUUCGGAUUCGGACGAUUACUAUGACAUGGUCGCGGCACGGUCGAAGCAGAAGAAAGCGGAUAAGAAGAAACUUGCUGACGCGCAUGCUGCGGCUGCGCGCGAAGGGAAGGGGGCCCGCGUUGAGUUCGAGGAGACUAUUGGGGAAGAUGGGAAACGGGCCAUUACAUAUGCCAUCGCGAAGAAUAAGGGCCUGACGCCGAAGCGGAGUAAAGAUGUGCGGAAUCCGAGAGUUAAAAAGAAGAAGAAGUAUGAGGAGAAGAAGAAGAAGUUGGGGAGUAUUCGACAGGUUUAUAAAGGUGGUGAAGGCCGUGGUGGGUAUGGCGGCGAGCUUACUGGGAUCAAGACUAAUUUGGUUAAGAGUGUGAAGUUAUAAAUUAUUUAUUGUAUUCAUGUAAAAUCGAUGAUGGGAUGGGUUUCUUAUGCACUCCGUAUUAGAUGCGGGAAUGGCGUUGUUGGAUUGCGUUGGGCUUCCCUACGCUGUUUAUACUGCAUAAAUAAACACAAGUUUCGAGUAUGAUGAGGUUGGGGGAUGCUUAUCUGCUAAGGUUUUGACUUGAUAUACCCUUUAAUAUGUGGUAUCUUUAUAUCUGUUUGGUAACUCUAGCGCUAGAUAGAAAUACAUAACUCUAAGUUAUAUCACUGAUCUAAAUGAUAAGUUCACCAACAACUGAUUAUGAUGAGCACAUGAGGGUAACUGGAAUAUGAGGAAACGUUCAUACGCACUGGCUGCAAAAGGGAUGACACUCUGCAUACCCCCUCGGGAAA